AUGUCUGCCAACGACCUUCGGGGGUGGGUGAUGAGCGCCGUCUCAGGCGUCGCCUGCGUCCUUGGUUCGGCUAUCAUUUGCAUCGAUGUACUGGUACAAGUGCUCUCCCGCCACAAGAGCUUCCAGAUCGCCAACAGUAGUAACUUUCUGUCGGCUUCAUUAUGUCUCAGCGCUGGUGUUAUGCUCUUUACCUCCCUCUAUAGCAUGCUACCCACGUCGAAAGAAUACUUGACCCGCGCCGGCUUCUCCUCCGCCGCAUCCGCCUAUAUUUUAAUCGGCCUUUUCAUCGCCGGAGUCGCUGGUAUACAAAUAGCAUCUGCAUUUGCACACCGAUUCAUCCCCUCCCACGUUGUCGACUGUGCCCAUACCCAUGACGAGUCGGAACUUGAUCCCGAGCGCGGCGAGCCCCGACGCGAGGAGCACCAUGCACACGACCAUAGCAACGGACAUACCGAGCGAACACCGCUUUUACGACCUAAUGACCGUAUCUCCUUCAAAUCAAUGCCCGCGGUGGUACAGCGGAGCCAACAUCCAGAGCCAGCGCCCAGACGCCGCGAGACGAUGCGCGCCAGGCUAACACGCCGGCUCAGCUCGCUCAUGGGUGGAGUAAAAUCCACCUGCGACGAGAACGGUCCGUGCUUUGGAGUCUCUCAGACUUGUGGCAGCGAAUGCACCAAAUUACUUCCACCCGUUAACGAAGAUACACGACCAACCCUGCCGCAUCGUGAAAGCAUAUCCGCACCCUUGGAGUCGGACAUCUCCCGCGCGCAACUCGAUGUUGGAAAUGAACAUCUGCAAGAUGCGCCAGAAGGUGGAUACUUUGACAAUCUCGCCGCGCAACACCACACGCAUCCGUGCGUUUCCUCGUCCUCCUCGUCUCAGGUGCUAUCCUCCCAUUCCGAUAAUCAUUAUCAUGAAGAGCACCGUAACCAUGCAGACGCCCUUGAGUCUCCACGUCCCAAAUCUGCUGGUGGCAACCCUCACCAUCAUCACGUCCCUCAAAAUGCAUUCAUGUCGAUUGGACUCCAGACCUCGCUUGCCAUUGCUCUGCACAAGCUUCCAGAGGGAUUCAUUACAUACGCUACCAACCACGCCAGUCCGACUCUCGGUUUGACCGUCUUCCUGGCAUUGUUCAUUCAUAAUAUCGUGGAAGGUUUCGCCAUGGCCCUUCCACUGUACCUAGCCCUCAACUCCCGCUGGAAGGCAAUGUUUUGGUCCAGUCUACUGGGAGGCAUCAGCCAACCCGCCGGUGCCGGCAUAGCCGCUCUAUGGAUCUGGAGUACCGGGCAACAUGGCAGCGACGACUCGAGAGGACCCUCGUGGGGUAUCUAUGGCGGCAUGUUCGCCGUUACCGCUGGCGUUAUGACAUCCGUGGCAUUGCAGCUCUUUGCCGAGGGUCUCGGUCUCACCCACCACCGCAGAAUCGGCAUUGGGUUCGCCGUUGCGGGUAUGGGGCUGAUGGGUCUCAGCUUUGCCUUGACGGCUUGA